AUGAGCACCCUGCAGGCGUGUAAAGAACCAUUUGGUGAGUCAAAUAUUAAAGUUGGCUAUGUAGUAGACUGCGUCGAUAUUGAAGAUUGUUCUCGUGGUUACCUGUGCAAACAAGCCUGCAGUUAUUGUCAUGGUAUAUGACGUGUUGGUUUAAAGUUUAUUUAUUUUAUAGCUUCAUGUUAAUAUUUCAGACAGAUUAGGGUAUUUUUCAAGAGUGUAAUACUUGUUUUUAUUAUCGUUUAUUUCGUGGAGCACCAGGUGCUUCCUGGUUAACCGUCCAAAACCACGAAAACAGUGUUUCACCCAUUUAAAAUCCCUGACAUAGUGGAAACCCCCAUCACGCAUUUCCCAUUAAUAUAAAUAAGCAACUUGAUAUGACUUAAGAUGAGUCACAUUUAAAACUGAUCCCACGAGACUGAUUGGAAACGAAGAAGCUGUUCAAGUAAGCCAGUGCCCUGAUACUGAGUUAAUAAUAACUGGAGAUAGAAUAAAACAUACUUUACUGUGAUUUUCAUCCAAUGUAAGAGUCAUUUGAUAUAGUUUGUGUUUUUAUGUGGUCAAGUUAAUGCAGUAUUCAAGUUAAUGCUGGUCUGUUUUAUAAGGGCUUUUCUUUCCCCUUGAAGAAAAUAAUUAACAGGAGUAGGAUUUGGUUUGAGUAAAGAUUUUAUGGUGCAUAACAGGAACAAAAUGUGGGUAAGGGGUUGUUGGAAAAAAAAACUUUAGAGGGUGAUUAUCCUUCCCCAUCAUAUCAUUUCAUGUUUCAAAGUAACAAAAUUUACCUUAAAGCCAUAAAUCUCUUCAACUGUGUUUUAUUUGGAGGGAGAAAUUCUCUUAAUUCAAAAUUAUACUGAAAACUUGACACUUUGGUUGUGCAGUCUUUAAAGGGCACAAAAGAGGCGACUGAUGCUGUUUUCUUGUUAAAGAAUAAAAAGGGAGAGAAACCAUCCAGGAAACAACAAGUUUAUGUCACUUCUAUUUCAUAUCUAAUAAUAAACUCACAGCUUUACUUGAUGAGUCAAAAGCAGAAACAGUAUGAAGUGACCUGCUGCUCAUGCUGCAUCAAGGUGACCGAAAAUUCAAGCCUUAUGACAGUAAGCAUAAAUGUUAGAUUUCACUGUCAUCCACUCAGUUUUCCUACAGACAAUGGUUUAUGAUAAACCAUGCAUGCCUUUUAAAAUCAUUGAAGAUAGUGAAUGUACCAACUUUAUUACCAACGUUAUUAAGAGCUCUGACUAAACUUUAACCUCAGAUCUGUAAAGUGUUAAAUAGGGAUGCACGAUAUUUAUCGGACCGAUAGAAUAUCGGCCGAUUUGGGGGAAAAUUACGUCAUUUUUUAUCGGUCCGAUAGGUGCAUUUUUCCGAUAGAAAGAGCCGAUAUAUUAAUGAAAUUACGAGUAACGUUUGCAGGAGGAGUAGCCGCCAGUCGCGCCUUACUCGCAGGUCCCAAGCCUGAACCCUGUCACUACCUGACUGAUAAUAAAAUGUCUUCACCAGCAUGGUCGUUUUUCUCAGUGGCAGAAGAUGACAACAGCUGUUAUAUGCAAAACCUGUUCAGCGAGGAUUCCGAGAGGCGGAAUGAAGACGUCAAGUUUUAACACAACGAAUCUGAUAGCUCAUCUGAAAAGUCGCCAUUGCGGCGAAGCGGUAUUAAAAGACUAUGAGGCAGCCGCCGAAGCUGCUAGCGGUACUAAAGCUAAGACAACAACACUACGGAGGAUCGAUGUCCCUAUUCAGCAGGCGUUUGAAAACUGCAAAAGCUUCUCAAGAGACAGCGAAAAGGCUAAAGCCAUUAACGACAAAGUGAUGGAAUUCAUAGCGGUCGACGAACAUCCUUUUUCCGUCGUUGAGAACCCGGGUUUUCGUAAGUUCAUAGCACACUUGGAGCCACGUUACACUCUCCCAAGCCGCCGCUUCUUCUCGGAUAUGUCCCUUCCUGCACUCUAUGAUAUUGUCGCCACAUACAUUCACAACCUGAUUGACAAGAACGGACUACACGUGAGUUUUACCACAGACAUAUGGACGUCAGAUGUUAGUCCGGUCAGCAUGCUAAUCCUAACGUCUCAUAAUAGCUCCUUUACAGUCUACAGUUCUGUUGAACAGUUCAGGGGAUGCACUGUUUUGGUCAAAUGAAGUUCUGCUUUUUGCUCUGUUAUUGUUAUUUAUAGCUAAUGAACACAUAUUUUUGUGAUGACAUGGAAAAAAUAAACAUUUGAAGAGCCAAAAACUUUAGUUUGUUGUUCUAGAUAGGCCAGAGCAACAAAAAUAUCAGUUUUCAAUCACUGCAUCCUGCACAAACUGCAGAUUAUAUGAAGAUUAUAAUAAAUGUAAAAAUAUGAAUUUAUCGGUUAUCGGUAUCGGCCAUGAGAAGAAGAAAAUUAUCGGUUAUCGGUAUCGGUUGAAAUUUUUCAUAUCGUGCAUCACUAGUGUUAAAUCUUAAACCUGGUAGUAUCCAUGUAUGCACAUGACUGCUUCAGCCUCUCCAUCAUCAUACUGAACUCCAUCUCUUGGCUUUUAAGAUACACAAACAGAUAUGCACAUCUACCUCCACCUAGUGCUUGGUAAUAAACCGUGCGCUGUCAUGCUUGAUGUGUCUUUUUUCAGAAAACAGCAGCACCGUGUUUUAUCAGGUGUUGGCACCCUACUACCCGUCAUAGUGCAUAAUUCAUUCCAUAUACUCGGAGCACCAGCCCGGCAGGUCAUGGUGACUUAGCACCUUUAUCAAGUACAUGACCUCCUAACUCGUGGUUAUAGUGAUUGUUAAGUAACAAGAAAGACUAUUCAGACCAUAUUUCAUUUACUAAUGAGAAAAUCAGUGCCACACAACCAACUGAGAGACAAAAUAUUUGCAAAACGAAUAAUUUGUAACAUUAAAUCCAUUACAAGAUCACAUGGCUGAAAUGCACUCUGGGAAUAAGAGUGCUCAAAGAAGCACGUAAUGUCAUGAUCUUGAUGCGUUGUGGACUGUAGUUGUCUUUUUCAGGCAACAGUGUUUAAGUAAGGUAUGGCACUAGAUAAGUUUAACAGCUCGGAAAGACUCAGGUAUUGUUUUUUGGGAUCCACCAGAUUUUUUAGCAAAAUAACUACAAGGACAAAGGAAAGCACAACGUUGAUGCUAAAACUGCGAGCUAACUGCUCAAAGUGAACGUGUGAGACAUGGGAUGCCAGGCAGAUGAUGUGGCAGUCACUGUGGUGUUUGCUACGCUAACCGUGUGGUAUCUGCAUGCCCCCCCCCCAAAUAAUGGUCCAAAGAAAAGGUGAUAAACCUUGCCCCACCACGAUCUUAAAGAGGAUAUCUACUUUUUGACAAACCGUCCAGCACCACCUCCACCUGUGACUGCCUGAUGGUUUAAAAGGUGAAAGCUUUUUACGGAUUGUUGAUGUAGGCAUUUUACUAAGUGGCAGCCCCUUUGUUGAUCCAUGAAGCCAUUACAAAAAUGCAAAAUUGCUGCUGGUCCUUGAGUGUCCUCUUGGGGCUGGCACUAAAUUAGGUGACAGCAGAGCUUAAUAUGUUAACAGCCUGCCUCAAAAAACAGUCUGGGCAUGUAGCUAAUCUCUUUAUUGGUUCUCAUUGUUAGAGGGGAUCUUCUACAAGAUUAUGUAGAGGGCAUAGUGAGGUGAUGGAGUUGAUGUAGCUGUUAGCAAGGGGGCUGAUUGUGGCCUCAACUGCACCUCCUUUACCAGUCACGAUCAACAGAUAGUAGUUGAGUAGGUUGAGUUGGCAUUUUCAUUAUGAUGACUGUCAAAGUUUGGCUUCAUGAGGGCCUAGACAGCAAUGAGUGACACUGCUGAGACUCUUAUUGUGUAAAACAGUGUAUGGAGUUCAUAUAACUUAGUGACAGUGCAUAAGCCAGGUUGUGUGGGCAUUUAUUCUGUCACACCAUCUUGUGCAGAUAUUUUUCACUACUUCUCACUGCAUGCAUGACAUCAGAUUCUCUCAUUGCCUAAAGCAUGUCCUUCACUAACUCUGCUUGUCCUGCUUGUUGGUGCUAAACCACUCUCACUCUCCCUACAAACUCACACACACACUUAGGACAAUGAAGAUGUGUCUAGUCAUGCUGCAGGUUAAUGGCUGUUUUUGUUAAAUUCUACCUGAUCUGCUAGCUACCGUGGUUCCCUUCACCUAUCACUAAACUUUAAUUUGACAGAUUUAAAGCGCAUCAUUAACUAAGACCAGAAUGUGGAUUUUUAGUGUAGUUUUAAGUGUUGGCCUACAGAGUCAGUACCUCAUUCAUCUAAGCACAUUAAAAAAUCAAACAUAGCAGUACAAGGAGUUUCAUCGGUUUCAAUGUGGAAUUAAUAAAACAGUUGGCCGCGUCACUCCCAAACCUUUUUUUUUUUUUUUUUAAUUGCAAAAAACUAAGGUCGCAGUUCCUUUCCGAAAAUAUAUUGCAAUAUAAACUAUACUUUGAUAUAUACAGUAUAUAUAUAUAUAUAUAAAACUUUUCUCUCUUGGAUUGUUAGGUGCAUCUUCUGAUUUCAAAUUAAAUCCUCUUCCUACUUUCAUCAAACCAUGUCCGAGACAGGAAGAGGAGAGAGCCGGGUAGAGUAACACGUUUUUUUGGGAAGUGUAGGCAAAGUCAUUAAUGCAGAGUCAUUAAUAACUCCUGUCACUGUUUGGACUUAUUUUUGUUCUGCACCACAUGUGAUGAAACAAAAACCGUCUGUCUUCUGCUUACGAUUUUUACAUUACUACAAUGUGCUUCAAGUAAACACUCUAAGGUCCUGUUAGAUUAAUGGUCUUCACCAGGGUUGAAAAUUAUCCCCAGUCAAAUGCAGGAAUUUCUGCACAGUGUUGGCUGAAUUUGCUAAACUUACAAGCCAAGCAGAGAGGGAAAAUAAAGAAGUACUGAGGAACAAUUUGUGAUAAAUAGCAACAUAUGCAGACUUCAGUGCUGGCUAACUAGAGCAUUGUCUCCUCUUCAGCUUCAAGCUGAUGUCACGGUUUACAAAAGCAUCAUAGCUCAGUCAUUUGAUCAGAUUUCCUCCUAUCCUCGCAAAGUUUGAUGUCAUCUAAGAACAGCACUGUCAAUUGCAUAUGCUCAUUUUUUUUUAACAGUGACUAUGUGCUAGGAAGAGGCAACUUGGUUUGAUUUAAGGCCAGCACAGCAGGAAUUAAUGUCCUAAAAAUGGUCCACCUGCUGAAGAAUGUGUUUUAAAUGACCUGAUGAUUGAAUGGCACUCUUGACCCAGUAAAUUUCUCCCUGCCAUUGCUCUUUAUGCUAAACAAAGAAAGAUAGUCCUGACUCAGCCCUUACAGACUGGACUUGAGUCAAAGCUGUCAUUUGACCUCAAUAAAGAAAUUUCAAAAAUGAAUAUCUCAAAUGUCCUUCAGAUGUGUUUACAGAACUUUGUGGGAGCACUUUAAAAUAGGCCUGCAUGACAUAUCGUUUGAGCAUCGUCAUCGCGAUGUACGUGUGUGCGAUAGUCACAUCGCAGAGCCUUCGAUGUUGGAGGUGCAUGAACUCAGUUAAUUUCAAGGGUAGCUGACUGAGAUACACUGCAUGUGACUCUGCAUGUGCUGUACAGCGAUCCACCAAUCAACUUCGUCCUUUACUCAGUUGCCAAUCAGACUCAGUUCUCAGUUGCCAAUCAGUCUACCCUGCCAGCUGUCAAUCAAAAUCAGAGCGGAUGGAACCCACCCCUGCAGAUGUUCUGCACAUGGAGGGAGUCGCUGGCUACCGGAGUUGUGCCGAGAAACGCGUGUCCGCAGAGAAUUACUUUCGGAACAUUCUUCAUCACUGUUUAGCCCAACAAAUAAGAACUGUAUGGGUUUUAAAUUAUACAUUUCCGUGGACCACUCUAUUAUAAGCAGUGCGCGUUUUGUGAGGUGCAUGCAAUUCUCGGAGGACAGGCAUUUCUCAGCACAACCCCGUUAACAACAACAACAAUGAUCGCAAACUGAGCAACAAACAGAGAAAACCACCAAAGAUGAAGACUUGUUGCCAAAAAGAAAAGGAAAGUCAGUUCUCUGGAAUUAUUUCGGUUACAAGAUGGAUGAUGUCGACCAAAACACUUGUUCUGUGUUCAUCUGUUUCCACAAUAACGUCCCAGCACAAUAAAAGCUAAAAAUAUCUCUGAGACAGACAGAAGCCAUUCUACAAACAUUCACAAAAAGAGGUAAGAUCAGAGCAGGUUAACUGUCCUCAAGAUUUUAGCAGUGCAGCAUAACAUUAAGUGCUAUUUAGGUCAUAUGAUGAAAAUUCCUGUAUUUUUUAAUAUCGCAAUAUAUACCGCAGGGUUCAAAAAAAUCGCAAUGUUAGUUUUCUCCAAUAUCAUGCAGCCUUACUUUAAAAGAUGUUCUACCAUAAUUUACACCUUCUUUAAAGAAGGUGUUAAAAAGUCUGUCAGGUGUAUGCUGAGUAUUCGAAUGUCACAUUUACCACUCACUCUCAGCGUGUGUUCAAUGUGGCAGACAGUUUGCCACACUGUGACUUCACUGUGGUCUGGGUCAGGUAAUAGCAUGUCACUUACCUCCACUCACGAGUGGAAACAAGCUCAUGUUAAAGCAAACUGGCCACUGCACAUGCUGCUCAGAAACUCUUUUCUAUCCUCUAGGAAACAUGGGUGGUCAAAGUGUAGAGAAGGUGGGUUUACCUGUGUGGAAUUAUGGCCCCAAGCAAAGUAUUAUGAUGUGGUUUAUAUUUCUUCCCUUGAAUUUUAUCCAGAGCAGGCAGCUACAUGCCUCUGCAUUCCCAGAGAGAGAAAAACAAUGCUCAACUGAUCCACGGUUCAACUUACACCUGAUAAUUAUGUGACUUUCUGUAAGUCCUCACUCUCCAUGCACCAUAUAAAGAGGGGAAUACCACCCAAAGUUGUUGCAGAGUCAGUGACUUCAUUUAUGCAUUUCUUUAAAUGCAUUACAAGUAAUCAAUCAGUUUGGAUUGGUGGGAUCCUGAUCCUGGACAUGGUUUGCUCUUGUCUGAAUUAGGUGAUCAUCAGUCCAAGUGUGCACAAUUUUUCCUGCUCUCAACCUUGAUGUGGCCUCUCCAACCAGGGGUCCUUAAUAUCUGACAUGUUUGAUCUUUUCAUUUCCAGGUUGGGCUACCUCUAAUGAGAGACCCACAAUAACCAAUAAACAGAGCAGCCAAGGGCUGUAACUUUAAAAAAAUAAGUUUGAACAAAUACCAAACAUGAAAUGCCGAUGUUCAGAUCUAUUCAAACCCACCACACUGGGUUUUCUGCACAGACAUUGUAACUGUAGCAUAACGGGAAGAAAAUACUUCAACUGCCACCUUUUAAAAAAUAUAUAUAUAUAUAUAUAUAUGUACUGCAUUCAUUUUAUGAGGAUAAAAGUACUGAUGUGCCUGAUGCACCGAUAAACUGUAUGUGAUGACUUUGAUCAGCCUAUUACAGUUCCAUCACAAAUUUUCCCCACCAAGUCUGUGGAAUUGCCACAGUGUAAUCUUUACCACAGACAACGGGUGGGCUUGUGAUCUUUGAAUUGUCUAGUGUAUACUGAGAGGAGUGCAAUGUUGAAAAAAAACUAAGGCUGCACGAUAUUGGAAAAAAAUAAUAUUGCGAUUUUUUCAACCCUGCGAUAUAUAUUGCGAUAUUAAAAAUACAGUAUUUUCACCAGAUGACCUGAAUAGCACUUAAUGUUAUGCUGCACUGCUGAAAUCUUGAGGACAGUUAAUCUGCUCUGAUCUUACCUCUUUUUGUGAAUGUUAGAAUGGCUUCUGUCUGUCUCAGAGAUAUUUUUAGCUUUUAUUGUGCUGGGACGUUAUUGUGGCAACAGAUGAACACAGAAGACGUGUUUUGGUCGACAUCAUCCUUCUUUUAACCGAAAUAAUUCCAGAUAACUGACUUUCCUUUUCUUUUUGGCAACAAAUCUUCAUUUUCGGUGGUUUUCGCUUGUUCGUUGUUCAUUUUGCGAUCGUUGUUGUUGUUGUUAGCGGUGUUGUGCUGAGAAACGCAUGUCCUCCGAGAAUUGCAUGCACCUCGCAAAACGCGCACUGCUUAUAGUAGAGUGGUCCACGGAAAUGUACGAUUUAAAACCCAUACAGUUCUUAUUUGUUGGGCUUAAUAGUCAUGAGUAAAGUUCCGAAAGUAAUUCUCAGCGGACACACGUCUCCCUCCAUGUGCAGAACAUGUGCAGGGGUGGGUUUUCUCCUCCCUGAUUUUGAUUGACAGCUGGCAGGGUAGUCUGAUUGGCAACUGAGAAGUGAGUCUGAUUGGCAACUGAGUUAAGGACGAAGGCGAUUGGUGGAUCGCUGCACAGCACAUGCAGAGUCACAUGGAGUGUAUCUCAGUCGGUUACCCUUGAAAUUAAAUGAGUUCAUUCACCUCCAAUAUCGCAGGCUCUGCGAUGUGACUAUCGCACACACGUACAUCGCGAUGACGAUAGUCAAACGAUAUAUCGUUCAGGCCUAAAAAAAACACUCUUCAAUGGUGUGGUUCCCCAUCAAUUUUUCAAUUACUGAAGAGCUAAAAGUUGUCUAGUGUGUGGCCCAGCCUGCGGUCAUUAAGAGGUCUUAAUUUGUCAAGGACAGUCUCCUAUGCUGAGAAGAAGCAUAAUCUGACAUAAGAUUAGAAACAAAGUAGUCCUUUGACUGUAUGUGGGAAUGACCAGUGGUUUACUCAGGCUGGGACAAUCAGAAGGCUUCUUGAUGGAUCAUAGUCAUGCAUUUGAUACCCAUGUUGUUUUGUCUGUCACCUGUGUGCAUUUAUCAAAAAGACUCUUAGUAAAGCCGUUGAUGUGGCUCCAGCCUUACCAAUGAUGUGGCUUACAUAAAUCAACUAAUCAACUCUCAGGAAAGUAGUUGCAAUGUCCUAUUUAAGUUAACAUACGUGCCUCAGAAUCACUUAAGGAGGGGUUGCUUUUUGAGUAAGGUUUCAGUCUAUGCUACCUGGGCAGAGGUGAAAAAGGGGCCCCAGCCAAAUGCAUAAAAGGACCAACAGACAGGAGGUUGUGAUCAAUCAAGUAUAAAAGCAGCACUUAAAAGUUUGAAUUCUCUGAAGUGCUCUUCCUCUCUUUUGCUGUCAGUACUGAUGAGGGUAGUUGCACAAAAGGCUUAGUUUUAGUUGGUCAAUAAAGAGAGAGCCGGUAAGAACCGUGGGCUGUUUAUUUAAGCAGAACAUCCAAAAAAUGGAUUGAAAGCUCUGCUGUCUUUGAGUUGUGGGAUUUAUGUCAUCAGCUGUUUGCUGCUAUUGCAGGACAGUCAUCCUCCUCUGUUGUGGUAAUCGCACACUGGUGUUAGGCAGUUUGAAGCCAGAUGGAUAGAAACUUAUUACGUCAGAGUUUAGGUGGAGAUUUUGUUUUCUCAGCGAUAUAACAGAUAUAAAAUCAUACCAUUAUAUUAAUACCAAUGCUCUUCUUGAUUCUGCUUUUUGCUUCCAUUUGUAACCUUUCAUUAUCAAUUCCUGUGGAUUUUCUUCAAGGUGAAGUAGGCCUAUCUAGGUUUUCUGUGUAAACACAAGCUUUUUCAGGUUCUGGAUCUAGCUUCUGUAUUGACCCUGACAAGUCAGCUGAUCUGAGAUAUAGCAUCUGAUUGGUCGACAGACCAAAUCAAAGAUGGCAGCCUCUACCUAGCCUUGUCAGCUAACAAGGGAGCGACACUAUUUCACUAAAAUGAGUACAUAAAUCAUCCCAUAAGACCUUUUUUAUGAGGGAUUAGAUAUUGGCAGUCCCUGAAAAUAAACUGAUCAUCUCUGUAGGAUAGAAAAGAUUCACGCAAAGUCAACACCUGUUAAAACAGGUGUGAGCAGGGUGCUUCCUUAUUCUUCUAACACUUAAUGCCUUGGAGUGCAAGUGGGAUCAUUUUUUCAUCAUGAAGGGGGUCUACCUGGGGAUUCUUGCUGCUCUCUGGUCUCAGAUAUGCCGACUCACAAGCGGGCACUUAGGUGGUGGAGAUGCCCCUGCUGUAAAGAUCACCUACAGCCAGGAGUUACUACUUGCUCGUCUACCAGCAACAGAAGCUGACUUUUCACAUACUUCCUGUUCAUUAUGGAGAACUUUUAAAAGCCACAGUGAGCGAAUCACUUUUGAGGAAACGUCAGAAAAAAAGAGGAAAGAGAGGCGGCAUUCAGCGCAGACUGGGGAGAUCCAGGCUGAGUGACAGACGCCGGCUUCCGCCUCUCCCAACAGUCCUUCUCUCCAUCGUUCAGUCCAUUUGGAGCAAAAUGAAUAAGCUUGAGAUUUAUGCCAGAUACAAUUGCGAUUUCAGAGAGACUUGUCGCCUCAGUUUCACCGAGACAUAGUUGGGGGAACAGGACAGGAACGAGGAUCUCCCUAACUGGCUUCAGCCCCCCUACCUAUCCAUCUCAACCGUUCUCCUCUCAUCACAAACAAAUCAAAGGGAGGUGGAGUAUGCUUUUAUAUAAAUGAGAGAUAUCGUAAGACUGUCAUGGUGCAGGAGAGAACCUGAUGUUAAACUCUUGUGCAUUUCACUUCGUCCCAUCUACCUGUCAAGGGAGUUCCCCUAGCUGUUCUUUUGUCAGUUUACACCCAAGAGCUGACGUAAUGGCAGCCUGUCAGCUGAUAGAAGAUAUGAACGACAGUCUGAACACGCUCUCUCCUGAUGCUCCUAAAUUUGUUUUGGGGAAUUUUAAUCACUGUCAAAUUGAUAAAACACUGAGAACAUAUGACCAGUAUCUCACCUGUGCCACAACCAUGAGGAACUCCACGAUUGACCUGUGCUAUGACUCAGUAGCCAAUGCUUACAUGUCCAUUCGCAGGCCUUGCUUUGGAGUGUCCUACUACUGCUAAUUUACAGGCCAGUCUGUGAACGACUUGAGCGGAUGAUAAAGACAGUGAAAUGCUGGUCAGAGGACAGUAUUGACAAUUUGAAAGCUUGCUUUCAAUGUACCGCUUGGGACGUUUCUUAUGAUUAAUGUUCUGACAGGGAUGAACUGACACAGACCAUUUCCUCCUAUACAGCUUUCUGUUUUGACACCAAUAUCCCCAAGAAGAACAGUAUUGUUCACCCCAACAACAAACCGUGGGUCACUAAAGAUUUAAAAAAAAAAAAAAAAUCAUAAAUAAGAGACAAAAAAAAAUAAAUCUACAGGGAGCAACCAAGAAAGAAACUUUAAUAAAGAGGUUAAGAAUGAAAUUUGGAAAGCCAAAAAAGCUUAUAAGAACAAGGUAGAACACAAGUACGGUAGUUGUGAUCUGCGGGCAGCCUGGUGAGGCAUUAAAUCCAUGUCCUCAGUCACUAGCAUCCUAGAUGUAAACAACAGAAAAAUCAAUUAGAAUAGAGGGAAGCAAUGAAGAUCUGCCAAAUGAUUCUCAGCAUUUCUAUUCAUGGUUUGAAAACCAUGAUGACCUCUCAGACAAUCUAUCCCUUCUUAAGCAGGGUAUCUCCUCUGAUAAUAACUGUAAUAUGGUCAUCAGCCAAGAGUGUGUAAAUAACCUCCUGAAAAGAGUGAAUGUGCAGAUUAAAGUAUUGUGCUGACCAAUUGAGCAGUGUGCUUCACCGCAUCUUUCAGAUUUCACUCAACUGCAGUGAAGUACCUCUGACUUAUGGAAAUCCUCCAUCAUAAUCCCUGUUCCAAAAAACUCCUCCCCCAAACAACUCAAUAACUUUAGACCAGUAGCACUUACAUCAAUAUGUAUAAAGGUCUUUGAGAAAAUCAUGAAGGGCAUGAUCAUUUCACAAAUGGAAGGGAGAAUCGACCCACUCCAUUUUGCCUAUCAGGCAGGGAAAGGCGUGGCAGAUGCUUUUUAUUCGUAACUGCCUUUAUAGACACUUGAAAAAGCCUCAAGCCCACGCUCGGCUCUUAUUUGCUGACGUCUCCUCAUCUUUUAACUUGGUGCAGCCGCAUCCCUUACUUUGGAGGCUAAUAAGUGAUUUUAAUCUGCCCCACCCAGUUGUUUUAUGGCUAUUAGACUUUUUAACAACAGAUAGAAGAGGGUUUCUGUAAAUAGCUGUGUCUCAGACUCCUUAGCCCUUUCUACCAGCUCAACACAAGAGUCCGUUCUCUCCCCUUUACUCUUCAUCUUAUAUACUGAUGAAUGCAGGAGUGCCAGGGAAGGCAGCUGCUUAGUUCAAUUCUCUGAUGACACUGUGCUGUUGUCUCUUCUUCAGGGGUCUGAAUCAGGACAUGGUGAAGGUUUUUGUUGAUUUUGUUUCAUGGUGCGACAAAAAUCACUCAGACUUGAAUUUUGUCACAGUCUACUCCAGCCUUUCCCCAUGGACUCAGUAAUUUCCCACUGCCCUGCUCACACCACAUCCACUCCCUGAUUACCACUCUCACUCUCAGUCACUGAUCACACACCUGCCUUCACUCAGUAAUCACACACCUGCCCUCACUCACUAAUCAGCUCCCCUGCCUUCUGCUCAGUAUAUAUUCUACAGCCUCACACUCACUCAGUGCCAAAUUGUUCUUUGCCAUGCGAGACUUUCCAGUGUUCUUCUGUCUGUCUUCCCGGUGCCGACCCUGCCUGUCUAAGACCUGCCUGCUUCGUCUGCCUUCUGGUAAAUUACCUCAGCCUUUUGUUCCUGACUACGAGCUCUGCCUGCCCCCCUUUGGAUUGUCUGCCCGGUCUGCUUGCCUCCCGGUUUCUGAACUUGUGCCUGCCCUGACCAAGCCACCUGCCCAGCCACUGAAUUGUCUGUGUGCCAGAUUCCUGAUAAUAAAUCUAUUGACUGAACAUCGAUUCUGUGCCUUGUUUGUACUGCAUUUGGGUUCAUACAAUACCUGUUACAGUACAAUCUGGCCAGUCAUGGACCCAGCAGAACCAACAACGCCACCGAAUCGGUUUGAAAGAAUCGAGAGUGUUAAUGUUUCAUGAGCAGCGGAUGGAGGAGGCUGCUGCCCAUGCCAGACAAGCUGUGGAAGCCCAAUCCAGGGCCAUCACCGCCCUCACGGCUCAACUGCAACAGCUGACCUCCACUAGUUCCUCUCCAGAGGCCACAGUCUCUGCACCUCCACCUCCUACUCCUACUCCAGCUCUACCAAGGAUGAUUUCGGAACCCUGACUGGGGGCCCUGGAGCGUUACAAUGGGGAUCCCAAGCUCUGCUUUCCUUUCCUGACUGCCUGUUCGUUGCUCUUCAGUCUGCAGCCAUACACGUUUGCCACUGAGGGAGCUAAGGUGGCAUAUGUCAUCAGCAACCUGACGGAUAAAGCUCUCCUCUGGGGAACAGCAGAGUGGGAGAGGCAGACUCCCUCCUGUACUUCAUUCCAGGCCUUCUCGGAGGAGCUGAGCCAGGUCUUUGGGCUGGGAGCUACGGUUCCAGAUGGCACUUCCGGCUUUUCUCCAUACGGCAGGGUAAUCAGUCUGUGGCAGAUUACUCCAUCGACUUCUGGACCAAGGCCCAUCAGAGUGACUGGAACACUGCUGCACUCCGGGAUGCGUUUCUGCAUGGUCUAGCAGAAUAUAUCAAAGAUGAACUGGUUUCCUAUCCUCUACCCUCCUUAUUGGAUUAACUUAUUGAGCUCAGCAACCGACUGGACCCCCAUAUCCGAGCCCAGAGAAGAGAGAGGAGACAGAACCCUGUACUUUCCACUGCAGCUCAUCGCCUGAACUCUCCAUCCGCUUCUGCCCUGCCCUCACCUGCAACACCUAUCCCUGCAGACCCAGAACCAAUGCAGCUGGGUCGCACCAGACUCACGCCAGAGGAGCGACAGCGUCGCCGGAUGGGGAACCUCUGUAUGUACUGUGGACAAGCUGGACAUUUUAUCUCUCUCUGUCUGUUAAAAGGCAGAGCUCCCCAGUGAAUGAGGAAGUCCUGGUGAGUCAUGUUGCAGUGAAAUCUUCCUCUCAGAGUAAACGUCCCCUGUUUCAAGUCAAGCUUCUCCUCACUGAUGACUCACACACCCUGGCCACCUUCAUUGACUCUGGUUCCGAUGGCAAUAUUAUCAAUCAAUCAAUCAACUUUAUUUCUAUAGCACAUUUAAAAGAACCACAAGGGUAGCCAAAGUGCUGUACAAUGACACAUAAAAACAAAUAAAACAAUCAAAGAACAAGAUAAAGCGAGCAGAAAUACAUCAAUGCAAAAGAAUAAAUAAAUGUAUAAAUAAGGAGGCUCACAGCAAGUGCUAAGAUGAUAAAAAAAAACAAAUUAACACUAAAAUGUAUCAAAAGCCAAUGAAUAAACGUGUGUUUUUAAAAGGGAUUUAAAAACAGGAAAUGAGGAGGCCUGUCUAAUUUUCAAAGGCAACUAUGCAACUCGGGCUAGAGAGGAUUCGCCUCAACCCACCAAUUCCUGCCAGGGCCUUGGAUGGUCAUCUUCUGGGAACUGUUACCCACCAGACUUCCCCUGUUCACAUACUGAUUUCUGGUAACCAUCAUGAAACCAUCCAGUUUCAUCUCCUGCCCUCAUCCAACAUCCCUCUGAUCCUGGGUUUCCUAUGGCUCCGCAAACACAACCCACACAUCGACUGGACCACAGCCACCAUCCUCAGCUGGAACAGCUUUUGCCACCAGGUCUGCCUUCAGGAUGCAUCGGUGCCACGCCAGACUACGCUCCCCAGCACCUGCCCGGACCUGGCCAGAGUCCCUGCUGAAUACCACGACCUUCCGGGAGGUGUUCAGUAAGGCCAAAGCAACCUCACUGACCCCUCAUCGCCCUUAUGACUGUUGUAUUGAUCUGAAGCCUGGCACAUCACCUCCUAAGGGGCGGCUAUACUCUCUGUCUGGUCCAGAACGGGAAGCCACGGAGAACUAUAUUAAUGACUCUCUGGCUGCCGGAAUCAUCCGCCCAUCGUCUUCUCCUGCAAGGGCAGGAUUCUUUUUUUUGGACAAGAAGGACAAGUCCCUGCACCCUUGCAUCAAUUACCGGGGACUCAACGACAUCACUGUUAAGAACCAGUACCCUCUCCCACUCAUCUCCUCCGCCUAUGAGUUACUUCAAGGGGCCAAGAUAUUCACCAAGCUCGACCUUCGCAAUGCUUACCACCUCGUCUUCAUCAGGGAGGGGGACGAGUGGAAGACGGCUUUCAACACCCCCACCAGACAUUAUGAAUAUUUGGUGAUGCCUUUUGGCCUAACCAAUGCCCCAGCUGUCUUUCAAGCCUUGGUGAAUAAUGUCCUUCGGGACAUGAUCAACAAGUAUGUGUUUGUCUACUUAGACGACAUUCUUAUCUUUUCCAUUUGCCUUGAGGAUCACAUCCACCAUGUAAGGACUGUGCUGCAGCGCCUCCUGGAGAACUCACUGUUUGUUAAGGCUGAGAAAUGCGAGUUCCACACUCAGUCAGUAGCCUUCCUUGGUUACAUCAUGGCCCAGGGUCAUCUGGAGAUGGAUCCUGCUAAGGUGGAGGCAGUGAAGUCCUGGCCAGUUCCUGAGACCCGUAAGCAACUGCAGCGUUUUUGCAACUGCUGGGUUGUGCAAAUUUUUAUUGACGCUUCAUCCGGCACUAUAGCUCCAUUGCUGCUCCCCUUACCAUGAUGACCUCUCCCAAGAGCCCCUUUCGCUGGGCCCCCUGCUGCAGAUACUACCUUCCAGACUCUGAAGAACCGUUUCAGCUUGGCACCCGUCCUCCAGGUCCCGGACAUUGAAUGGCAGUUUGUUGUGGAAGUAGAUGCUUCUGAUGUUGGAGUGGGUGCUGUUCUGUCCCAGCGAGCAGCAGGUGACCAGAAACUCCAUCCAUGUGCCUUUUUCUCUCGGCGUCUCUCACCUGCCAAGAGAAAUUAUGACAUUGGCAAUCGGAAGCUUCUGGCUGUCAAGCUAGCCCUGGAGGAGUGGCAACACUGGCUUGAAGGGACAAAGCAGCCCUUCAUGGUUUUGGACAGAUCAUAAGAGCAGCAGGUGACCAGGAACUCCAUCCAUGUGCCUUUUUCUCUCGGCGUCUCUCACCUGCCGAGAGAAAUUAUGACAUUGGUAAAUGGGAGCUUGUGGCUGUCAAGCUAGCCCUGGAGGAGUGGCGACACUGGCGUGAAGGGACAAAGUAACCCUUCAUUGUUUGGACAGAUCAUAAGAACCUGAAGUACAUCCAAACCGCCAAGAGACUCAACUCUUGACAGGCACGAUGGGCCCUCUUCUUCACCAGGUUCGAUUUCUCCCUCUCCUACAGACCCGGCUCCCGCAACAUCAAACCAGACGCAUUGUCAUGCCAGUUUCAGAAGGGAGGAGGGAGAUGAAUUCAUUGCAACAGACACCAUCCUGCCGUCUCCUUGUGUUGUGACCUCUCUGACUUGGGAGAUUGAGGAGAGGGUGAGAACCUCUACAGAGGGGAAGGCUGGUCCCAGUGCUUGCCCCCCAGGUCGCCUGUAUGUGCCUGCAGCCCUGAGUUCUGAUGUACUCCAGUGGGCUCAUUCUUCCAAGUUUUCCUGUCAUCUGGGAUCCAGAGAACCCGUGACGCCCUCCAGCAAUGUUUCUGGUGGUCCACGUUAGAGGAGGAGACCCGGGAAUAUGUCAAUGCCUGCUCUACCUGCAACCAGAACAAGUCUUCAUGCCAGGCCCCGCACGGUCUUCUACAGCCACUUCCUGUGCCACAUCGUCCCUGGUCACACAUUUCUAUAGACUUUGUCACUGGUCUGCCGCCAUCUGAGGGGAAGACAGUCAUACUUACUAUUGUGGACUGCUUCUCUAAAAUGGCCGACUUUGUUCCCUGGGGUCCCCAGUUCUCUUCCGUGUUCUGGCGGGAGUUCUGCAGAUUGCUGGGAGCCACGCCCAGUCUGUCAUCAGGGUUCCAUCCUCAAUCCAACGGCCAGACUGAGAGAAUGAACCAAGAGAUGGAGACAGCCCUUCGGUGUACUGUGUCCCAGAACCCAUCUUCCUGGUCCCAGCAGCUGUUGUAGGUGGAAUCUGCUCACAACACCCUGACAAGCUAGGCCACAGGCCUGUCUCCUUUCCAGUGCGCCUAUGGGUAUCAGCCACCUCUCUCCCCAGCCCUGGAGAAGGAGGCUUCCUGUCCUUCAUUUCAGUUCAAGCCUUCCUCCAUUUCUGUCAUCAGACCUGGGCCCGAGCUAGAGCCUCACUCCUGAAAGCUGCUGACCAUUACUCCUCUGCUGCCAACCAUCGUCGCUCACAAGCUCCAGAAUAUCAGGUAGACCAGAAGGUCUGGCUCUCCACCUGUGACCUUCCACUGCAGGUGGAGUCCAACAAGCUGGCUCCCAAGUUCAUCAGACCGGUCCCCAUCGAAAGGGUCAUCAAUCCUGUGGCAGUCAGACUCAAGCUUCCCCGGUCCAUGAGGGUUCACCCAACCUUCCACGUGUCCAACGUCAAGCCAGUUCGUGAGAGCCCUCUGGUGCCUACUGCUACUCCUCCACCUCACUUCAUCGAUGGGGGACUCACCUAUGCUGUGCGCCGCAUCAUCCGCUCCCAUGUACGUGGUAGAGGCCUACAGUACCUUGUCAACUGAGAGGGCUAUGGCCCAGGGGACAGAUCUUGGGUUCCUGCUCGACACGUUUUGGAUCGACAACUCCUCCGUGACUUUCAUCAGCAGCAUCCUGACCAGCCCUCUCACAGUAUGGUAGGGGGCUCUUCUCGUUGCGGGGCACCUGCUGUCCGUCCUGCUGCUGCUCCGGCUCCAGAUCCAGAGGAUGACUCCAUGUCGCGGAAGGGGGAUCUGCAGGUGACCUUGUCCUUCCUACAGGAAUUGUAGCCCGCCUUCCAGUUCCCCUUCCUCCCGCCCUGUCAUGCUGGACUUGUUUUGGGGACGUCAGGGAGCGUCCCUUUGGGGGGGGGGGGGGGGGGGGGUUCUACACAGUCUGCUGCAGCCUUUCCCCAUGGACUCAGUAAUUUUCCACUGCCCUGCUCACACCACAUCCACUCCCUGAUUACCACACUCACUCUCACUCACUGAUCACACACCUGCCUUCACUCAGUAAUCACACACCUGCCCUCACUCACUAAUCAGCUCCCCUGCCUUCUGCUCAGUAUAUAUUCUACAGCCUCACACUCACUCAGUGCCAGAUUGUUCUUUGCCAUGUGAGACUUUCCAGUGUUCUUCUGUCUGUCUUCCCGGUGCCGACCCUGCCUGUCUACGACCUGCCUGCUUCGUCUGCCUUCUGGUAAAUUACCUCAGCCUUUUGCUCCUGACUACGAGCUCUGCCUGCCCCCCUUUGGAUUGUCUGCCCGGUCUGCUUGCCUCCCGGUUUCUGAACUUGUGCCUGCCCUGACCAAGCCACCUGUCCAGCCACUGAACUAUCUGUGUGCCAGAUUCCUGAUAAUAAAUCUAUUGACUGAACACCGAUUCUGUGCCUUGUUUGUGCAUUUGGGUUCAUACAAUACCUGUUACAGAAUUUUUUCAAAACUAAGGAGCACAUAAUAGAUUUUGGAGGCAACAAAAACACUGCUGCAGACAGUAUCAUUCAUGGAAAAAUGUGGAAUGGGUACUCUGAUGAUUAUGAUUUUGUUCCUUUCAUCCUAUACAUUUCAUUGGCCAGUAUUCUUGGUAUUUGGCGUAAUCCACGUAUUUACCCAUUUUAUUCUUGAUCUUUGAUUCCACUGUACUCCUCAACAUUUUGCUUUUCAUCCAUUCUGUAUAAACCUUAUGUAUGUUCUGUGUACUUGUGUUUCUGAAGGGUGACAGUAUGCAAGCUGCUCAAAUUCAUUGCCCCUGGUGGGAUUAAUCAAGUUGUCUAAAUCCAAAUCUAAAACACAGGAGAACUGCUGCUGUCAGUGUAAGUACAUUAUAUCAUUAGAACCGAUAUUGCAAACACUGAUGACACUAUUUUGUUCCUUCGACUCCUCUGUUGUGUUCACAGGGGACAAAGUGGAAGGUAUUGAUAAGGGGACCAUAGAGCAACAAAGGUAAAUGAUGUCGAUGGCUUUCACUCAUUCCAACUGGUUCUCGAUUCCUCCAUUUAAAAUACCCCAUGAACAUAAGAGAUGCUGUGCAAACACUCAAACUAAAAGACAAUUAUUCAAACCCUAAUCACUCAAACAUAGGUCGUUUUUCCACCAAAUAGUAUUGAUGGUGAACUGGAUGAAGACUCAGUUCAUCAAGAUAUCUUGAUUACAGUAUCAGUAGCAGCACUUACCAGGAUGGCAUUUAAUUGCAAAUGUAAUUCAAAAAACAGAAAUCUUCAACAUUGUCUCCAUGAACAGGAUUAAACCAUGAACCAUUUACACAUGCUGUCAAGGUUUGUCACUGAAAGUAAUGCAUUCUUCAGUUCAUCAGAAGUUGGAAAUUUUGAGUCACCCAUCAGAUUCAUCACGCAAAACUCCCCAUUAACUCAUUGCUUCCUGGAUCAACUGUAAACAGCUGUACUUUUAAUGGUGUUAAAUAAGUCUGCAACUUAGUCUUACUUUACAUCAUUUAAUCAACCUGUCUGGUUGUAUUGUGAAAAUUUCAUCUUUGCACAUAUUGACUUGGAGUGCAAACCAUCACAUAGUGUGUUUUUAUUGCCUGGUGUAGCUAACAAUAACAACAGGGGUUGGUAUACAGCUUUUUUUCUACUCAUGAAUGAAUGAAGUCAUUCUCAGCUUCAAUGCUAGACCUCUGAGGUACAUGAAACACACCAUAUGUCUGCCUCCUCCUGGAUCUCCUCCAUCCGGCUGUACAAAAAUAUAGCCAAAGGCCCAUAAGGACUGGCACUGACAUCUUAUACAUAUUAAAUGAGAGUCUGUGUCAGAGAAUCGCUCUCAGAGCUGCAACAGUGACACCCCACUCAGCUUGACCGAAGCUCAACAGAUUUAUGUGACAGUUUGACACUUCAGUGACUCUUGAGUUUAAAUUUAUGACAUUUCCUCUGCGCCAUUUCCAGUGACAGAUGUGUGGGCUGCUCUACAAAGGCUUUGUUGAAGGGGGGAUUCACCUUUCUUUUCCCCUAAGAUGAAUAAUUUGUCUGUCACCUCAUGUCUGAAAAUGUGGAGCCACUGUCAGUCAUUACACUAUACAAAUACAAGAUAAAACAAUAACUAAAGCUGUGGAGGAUUAACAUUCUGUUUUUAUUCUAUGUUAACCAUUAAAUCACUCUUUUUUACUCUAACCCCGGGCUCUAUAUGAAUAAUCCCUUUAAGUGUUUGGGCAGUUUACUGUCUGCAACCUUUAUCCUCAUUUUAAAGUUAGCUGAUUAACCCCAAAUAAUCAUCACAUGUACACUUUAACUGACAUGUCAUGUGCUUUGGUGGUUUAAAAGUUGUCCAGAAGAACAAAUGCAUCAAAUUUGAGUCUUUUCAAAGGUUUUUUUUUUUUCUUUAAAUUUGUACCUUAACUCUUUUUCUUAAACUGGAUUAAAAUGGGCUGAGGUGUGUUAAGAAUAAUAACAAAAUGAACAUUUGACCUGUGAAAGUAUCUUUGUUGUUGCUUAUCUCAGCUGAUGGCCAUGAAAUCUUUCUUUAAAAAUGCCUCCUAUCAAAAGGCAGAGCAAAAUCUACUUUUCUGUUGAAGAUGAUGAUGCUCAAGCUAGUGGCAAGAAGAAAGAAGGAGGUCUGGCUUUAUUUGUCAACCAGAUAACUGUCAAGGAGAAGUUGUGUUGUCCAGAUAUUGAACUGUUGGCAGUUGCUCUUUGAAGCUGCCAAGAGAAUUCAGUCAUGUUAUAUUAAUAGUUGUUUACAUCCCACCCAAAUCAACUGCAGAAUUCCAUAUGAUCUGUUGCAUAAUAGUGUUGCCAGGCUACAGACUCAACACCCUGAGGCACUAAUAAUAAUAUCAGGGGGCUGAACCAUGUCACCCUCUCCUCUCACCUGACUGCAUUCACACAGUUCGUGAACUGUCCUACCAGAGAAAACAAAACCCUGGAUCUGCUGUAUGCCAAUGUCAAAGAAGCCUACAGAGCCACUGCUUUACCACCACUGGGCAAGUCAGGUCAUAACUUGGUCUAUCUGCAAACCUGUUACAGACCUUGUGUACUGAGGCAGCCUGUGACCAAAAAGUCAAACAAGACACUUCAAGUUAAUGAAGUUCUAAGGGACUGUUUUAAAUCAACAGACUGGAAUGUGCUGCUGGAAACAGAUGUGGAUAGUAUGAACAUUGACAAAAAGGUUGACUGCUUCACUGAAUAUGUCAACUUCUGUCGAUACACAGUUAUACCGACAAAGACUGUUCGAUGUUUCCCCAACAACAAACCCUGGAUCAUAAGUAACAUAAAAGCAAUCCUUAACCAGAAAAGAAAGCUUUUAAAGACGGUGACAAAGAACGACUCAAACAAGUGCAAUAGGAGUUGAAGAGGAGACUGAAGAUGGCAAAGCUGGAAAGCAACAAGAAGAAGAUGGAGAGGAAUCUACAACACAGCAACGUUCAUGAAGUGUGGAGAUGAAUCAGUACCAUCUCUGGACACAGCAGUAAAAAGAAAAGACAGACAGUGGUGGGUGAUGUGGAAAGAGCUGAUGAACUCAACCUGUUUUUCAACAGAUUUGACACUGCUGUCACUCCCACUUCCACUGCUACUCCCCUUCCUGUCUGCAACAAAUCUCCACUACAACUUCUCCCCUUCCUCCUCCAUCUCAUUCAAAUGUCUCAACCACUUCAACUGCCUCCCUCCUAGAACACCAGCCCUUGUCUGUCACAGAAACAGGGGUGAGGAUGGAGCUUGGAAGACUUUGCUCUUGGAAGGCAGCUGGUCCAGAUGGUGUAUGUCCAAGGCUGCUUAGAGACUGUGCUACAGGACUGUGUCAACCUCUCCACAGGAUCUUCAACCUGAGUCUACAGCUGGGGUGGGUACCUGCUCUGUGGAAACCAUCCUGUAUUGUGCCAGUACCAAAAACAAAAUGCCCUGCUGAACUCAAUGACUACAGACCAGUGGCCCUCACUUCACACAUCAUGAAAACCCUGGAGCGGCUGAUUCUACGCCUUCUGAAGUCUGAGGUCAAAGACAAACUGGAUUCCCUGCAGUUUGCAUACAAAGAACACACUGGAGUGAAUGAUGAUGUCCUCUACAUGCUUCGGCAUGCUCUCUCUCAUCUGGCGAAACCUUGGGUUUAUGUGAGGAUCAUGUUUUUCAACUUUUCAAGUGCAUUCAACACUAUCCAACCCACCGUAGGGGAGAGUGGGGUAAGAUAAGCCAUUUUUCAUAUUUCGGUUCACGACAUCAAUCACAGUUUUGUCUCUAACUAGUGUAUCUGCAUAUAUUUCAAGAUGUUGUGCAUCCCCGCAAACCAACAGAAUGAGUGUAAACAUAACUGUCUUGAUAAUAUAGCAGCCCCCCCACACACACACACACACUCUCCACCCCAGCCCUCCCUCACCUUCUCUCUCCCUAAAUAAGAAUAACUUUAUUAAUCCCCGAAAGGAGAUUCAGUUGUCUGUUGCCUCACAAAAUAUGUCUCUAACAGUCUACUAUUUACACAAGAGUUACAAAGUCUAAUGGCUGUUGGUACAAAAGAUUCUGAACCUUUCUGUCCUGCAGUGAAGAGAGAGGAGUCAUCCACCACCAUUGGUCCUUUGGUCCAUCAAGGUGUUGUGAAGUGGAUGAUCCAUGUUCUUUAGAAUAGACUCCACCUUCUUCAGUGUAGAUCUCUCCACCACAUCCUCCACUGAGUCCAGCUUAAGUCCAACCACAGAGCCAGCCUUUUUCACCAGUUUGUUAAGACGUCUCACAUCUUUGUGUUUGAUGUUUCCUCCCCAGCAGACGUCAGCGUAGAACAGAACACUUGCCACCACAGACUGAUGAAACAUCUGCAGCAUCUUACUACAGAUGUCUAUUGAUCGGAGUCUUCUCAGGCAGCCCCUUUCUGUAGAUCAAGUUUAUAUUCUUGGACCAAUCCAACUUAGUAUCCAGGUGUAAACCUAGAUGUUUAUAUGAUGUCACCACUUCGAUGUCCACUCCACAGGUGUUCACUGGCUAAAGAGGGGGUUUGGAUCUAUGGAAGUCUAUGACCAUCUCCUUUGUCCUUGAGGUGUUGAGGAAGAGGCAGUUUUUGUGACUCCAGUCACUGAAGGCUCUUAUCAGAUCUCUGUAUUCAGCUUCUUGUCCAUUUCUGAUACAUGCCACAAUAGUGGUGUCAUCUGAAUAUUUCUGAAUGUGGCAGGACUCAGUACUGUAUUUGAAGUAGGGCUGCACGAUAUGGCCAAAAAACUAUAUCUCGAUAUUUUUAGGCUGUAUCGCGAUACACGAUAAAUAUCCCGAUAUUCUGACAUCGCCUCUAAAUCACUCUAUAAAUAUUAAAUUCAACCCUUUGAUGCAUAAAAUAACACCAGUGUAAUGACUUCAGCAGACUUUUGUGUUGGAUUGGAAUUUGCAUGCAAAAAGGGAAAAUCACAAUCAAGUUAAGUUCAGUGAACCUUUAAUUUCAAAAUGGACUGCUGCACUCACAAGUUUUAAAUAAAAAAUAAAUAGUGGCAUGGUAGGCCAUUCUACUCUGGUCUCUUUAUCAAGUUUAACAAAAAAAAAAGAGCUCAAAGCAACAAAAAGUGCAUUAAACUAUAAUACCUGAGGAAGACGUUUCAAAACAAUAUAAAUUAAAGUGCACUUUCUCUGCUUGAUAAUGUUUGCAAAACUGAUCAUUUUACAAAAGGUAAAGUAAAAAGUGCAGAUCUCAGAGGAAGAAGUCCAUAUGAUAACUUUGAAAACCUCUCUGAACAACAACAGUCACAUUAAAGGGGUGGAAACGUGUUUGUGGUUAUGGUUCGUUUUUGGCAACUUAUUAGUAGAAACAGUUGCCUAAAGGUUUUGUGCCAAAAACACAAGCCUGUCAACAGCCUCUGGCUUGAGUGAUGCCCGGUGACACGUAACAAUAUUCCCACUGGUACUAAAUACGCGUUCUGAUGGGGAACUAGUGGCGGGCACACACAGAUACUUUUUUGCCAAAUUUUUCAGGUUUGGGAACAUUUCCUCAUGGUCCUUCCACCACUGCAGGGGAUCUGAUUCAUUGUCAGCACUAACAGACUGCAAGUAGGCAGACAACUCAGUUUUCAUUAGCUCUCUGAGUGAUGGUGUGGCUGUGGCAGAGGACAUUGUAGCCUUUUUGAAGAAACUUCCAAGAGUUUUCUUUUUUGGUGGCUCCGGCUCUGGGACUGUUGGUGCUUCAUGAGGCAGUGAGGCAGCAGACCCUGCUGUGCCCUGGUCAGACUGCAACGCCUCUGUCUCCAUCUCCAAUAUGGCUCUGUGCUUGAUUUCCUCCACCUUUUCUGCAGGGAUGUAUGUUGCCUUGAAUCUGGGAUCCACUAAUGAUGCCAUGUCUAGAAGUGCAUCAGUAGCAGGGUCUGCAAAUUUCUCCCUCAGGUAAUCCAGGAUGGAACGUUUGAUGGACUGGGUCAGUAAAGUGUCAUCCUCCUGAACUGCCAAAAUGCUGGAGUGGAAGAGAUGAAGCACGGGCUUGACGUAGGACACAGUAACGUAGUCCUCACCCGACAGAGCAUCCGUGAAUUCCACAAGGGGCUUUAGAGCCUUGUGCACUGACUCGAGGACUUCCAGGUCUUGCCAGGUCAGAACAAGAUGCCGUGUUUUCUUGUCUGAAGCCAAAACCUGAGAAAUGGCUCACUCCUGCUUCAACACCCGCUCAAUCAUCUUCUGCCGGGAUCCCCACCUGGUAGGAGAUUCACUGAUCAGCUGGUGUGCAGGGAUAUUUAGUUCUUUCUGCACUGUGGCCAGGUCUCUCCUCCUCUUCCAACUGAAUGAGAAGCUGCUCACAAUCUUCUUGCAAACAGCAGCGGCACGAUCAAUACAAGGGUCUUUCAAGCUUCUCUCUGAAAAUAAAAAUUAAUAUUUAAAAUGUUAUACUAAUAUGUCACAAAGAAAUUCAGCAAUCCAGUUACUCAUCUUAAUACUAGACUUAAACUUUAAUUUAGAUUUAUAUAUAUUUCCUAUAGAUAUCUCGGAUUUCAAAUCAACUCAAAAAAAAUAGUUUUCAGGCAAUUACACAUAUAUACUUUAUAAAAGCAUUUUACAGACACGCACUUUUUAACUGCAUGAAAUAUUCUUAAAUUUUAACUGAUCGGACAAAUUUAUGAUAUACAUAUGUACUGUAGUUUUACUUCCUGAUUUAAAAAAAAAAAACAUGUUAUACUAUAUCUGCGGAAAAAUCAUUAAACUACUCUCAGUUUUAAACUUAAUGAAAAAUAGUAUAUUUUCACUUAAUUUUAACUGUGUGAAAAUAUCAUGAAACACUUUUUAACUGUAUGAAAAAUUUCAUGACACACUCAGUUUUUACUACAUAAAAAUGUAAACAUGAUUAAUUAUUCUGUAACUGCUGAAAAGUUAAAAAUACUCUCACAAUUUUAAACUUCAUGAAAAAAUGAUGAAAUAAUUCACUUAGUUUUUUAAUUCAUGAAAAAUCAUGAAAUAUUCCUACAUAGUUUUUAAUACAAAAAUAAAAAUUAAAAAUUAAAAAUUUCAAUUUAGGUUUUAAUUGCAUUAAAAAAUAAUGAAAUACACAGAUUUUACUUCAUUAAAAAAUAAUUAAAAACAUGUUAACAUCUCAAAAAUUAUGAAGAAUGCUCAGUAUAAAACUCAAAAUAACAAACACUAUCACGCAGCUUGUAAUUACAUGUGACAUAUGAAUGUUGUGUCAGUUUGUUAUAUUUACAAUUAUUGAUAAUAACAGUGAUUGCUAUUUUCCCAUUAGAGGAAGGCAAGCCUUCACAAAUACUCACCAAUUGCAAGGUGCAGCCUAUGGCCAAAACAUUGCAGUCUUGUCCACUCAUUCAGGCUCACAGCUUUGACUAUAUUAUCCCCAUUGUCCGUGGUGAUGCACACCUGAUGAGCUUCUGACAAGUUCCAUGACAGGAGAGCAUCUUGCAGACCCUGUGCAAUGAUCUCUCCUGUGUGAUCAUCAGGAAAAAAGCUCGUUUGCAGGCACGAACUUUUCAGUUCCCAGUUGUCAAUGUAGUGUACUGUUAAGCUGAGAUAUGGCUCACAAGUUCUGCUUGACCAGAGAUCCGUCGUUGUGGAGAAGUGGGUCGCAUUUGUCAGCUGGUGGGCCACCUUUUCUCGAACUAAGAUGUACAAGUCUGGCAGCGCUUUUUCUGCGAAAAAAUUGCGACCAGGUAACUCAUACUUUGGAUCAAGUGUCUUAAUAAGAUUUUUGAAUCCUGGCUUUUCCACCACACUGACCGGAGCCAUGUCUUUGGCGAUGUACUUUGUCACUGCGGUCGUGAUGUCUCUCCACCUCUGACUUUUUCUGUCAUACGGGACUGAAUUGGCAAACGAAGAGGACAGCGUCAUUUGCUUCGGUGACGGUUUAUGUGGUGUAGGAGGAGACGUGGACAUGCGGAGUCUGAUGCAUUCUUCGUUUUGUAGUGGAUGGCAUUUCAGGUGGUGAAAUAAGUUUGUGGUACUGCUACCUUUGGUGGCUACGGUUUUGCGGCAAACUUUGCAGAUAACCGUAUUUUGCUCCACGUCUUCCUGGCGAAACCCGAACCACUGCCAGAUGAUUGAGCCAGUGCUGUGCUUUUUCGGCACCAAGUCGUCAUUCUCCAUCCCUCCCUCCUCUUGGUCACUCGAAAACUUGCCUCGGGUCUCAACUUUUUUCGUUCUCCCCGUGCUCGUCUCCCUCCUUUCCUUAAACAACAAGUUUAAGAGUUUCCCGGAUGGGAGGGGGGGAGUGCUGCUUACAAUGGGAAGAGCGGCAGGAGAGUGAGAGGAUCGAAACUCCAAAGGUGACAUACUGACGCCUUAAAACAUAAAGCCUAUGUGUCAAUUUGUACUUGAUGGUCGCGAUGUGGUCAUUUUAUACAUCUCACGUGGAAAAACCCGCGAUAUAUCGAGUAUAUUCGAUAUAUCCCCCACCACUAAUUUGAAGUCUGACGUAUACAGUGUGAACAGGACUGGCGCCAGCACUGUCCCUUGUGGAGCCCCUGUACUGCUCAUUAAUGUCCCAGAAACACAGUUCCCCAGCCUGACAAACUGUGGCCUUCCUGUCAGGUAAUCUCCGAUCCAGGAAACAUAGGAAGGAUCCACUCCCAUCUCUGUGAGCUUGUCUUUGAGUAUCGUGGGUUGGAUGGUGUUGAAUGCAUUUGAAAAGUCAAAGAACAUGAUCCUCACAUAAACCCAAGUUUAUGAAACCCCAGUCACUUCUUCACAUUCAUAUGUAUUUUUAUCUAUUGUAUGUUAUUCAACUGGUACGUUAAUUCUUUUUAUUAUUAGUGCAUAUAACUGUUGUGAGGCAGGCUUGUAGUGAGGACCCAGAAGCAGACACUGAGACAGAGCUCAACGUAAAACGAUUUUAAUGUCCAAAAACAGAAAGGGAUAGAUAAGGGAACAAAGGAAGUCCGGUUGGUUGGCUGGUAGGCUGGCUGUCGUGUGGGCUGGAGACACUGCAGGAGAAACCAGAGGAGACAGGAGUUAAAGGACAUGCAAAGAGUCACAAGGAGUAAAGUUCAGAAAGUUAUACCACAAGGUUUUGGCCAGGAGACGCGUCUUUACCGCUGGGCAGGGUAGACAAUACUCAGGCGCUGAGACUGAGGGCUGCAGGCUUCUUAAAGUCCCUUGAUUAGAGAUGAGGAGCAGGUGUGUCGUCUCACUCAGCCUCAGCGCCGGGGGAGGGGAGGAAGCUCUGGAAAAGAGUACAGCCAGACCAGGCAAACAGGGAAAAAACAAGAAGUCCAGCCAAAAUAACACAGGAUGCGGAGGCGUCUCACCACAAUAACUGCUGAAAAGCUGUUUUGUAAAAUGCCGUUUUUACAUGAGAAUGGCUUUAAGUGAUUCAGAACAUUCACAGCUGUAUUUUUGAAAAGUUACACAUUUCAACAAUCUGACCUGAAACUCUGAUCCUUUCAUCAUACUCCUGAACUUUCUCAGUUGAGCCACUGGCUCAAUUUACCCCAGAACGACUAUAAUGAUUUAAUUAGUCCUCUAAGCUAAAAGGGUGAACUUUUAUGCUAGGUUUUAACCACAAUUGAUGUAUAAAACAAAUUCAAAAUGAUCUUUUUUGGUCUGAACAUGAUUCUUAUAAACCUUUGACAGACUCAAUUCACUUUCAAGAACUUUUUUUUAAUAAAUGUCUCACCCCUUCACCCAUGUGCUUCUAACCUUCACAGACUCCAUGAAUUGAUGCCCAUCUCCUAAAUAUUUGGUCACAAAUAUUAGCAAAAUAAUAAACAAAACACUCUAAUAAAUCAUAUGUCUUACUUCUAUAAAAAGAAAUAUAUACAAACCUAAACGGUCUCCCUAUGAAAAAACAGGAGGAACGCUACUCUCAGCUAUUCUCCCUGAAUUCUCAAAAACACUGUUACAAUUCUUAAUACUCCAUAGACUGACAAAAGGACUACUCUGUUGGACAUUGAUAGGGAGGAAGGAGGGUUGGCGUCCGUGCUGCAAUUGUCUCUUUUUAAAACAGACACCAUUUGCUCCCAGCCAAUCACUACACGACAACACUCCUCUAGUCAGCUGUUGAUGCGCGCCUCCAGCUGCUUUUCAAUCAGGACUCACCACACCUGCAUUACAGUGGAGGAGCACAGAGGGACAGAGAGGAGAAAAACAAGAGCGCUCCUCAACACAAUGCAAGCAAAUAAUAAAUAUGACCCAUAGUCAUAAGAUCCUGAAAUGAAGCUGAUGCAGAACCACUUUGGUGUUCUCUUAGAUUUAAGUAUUAGUUGUGACAGCAUUCAGUGUCUUCUUGGAGAAAGUGGUCUCAUGGUGGUUUGUGGUUGAAAAAAGAUUGGACAACUCUGAACCUGGAGCACCAGUUUUGUCCAAAAGGCUGCAGCUCUUGCUUGUAUAUCAUUCACCUCUUUCUUUUCCUGGUUUUGUAGUCUAUAGACCAUUGUAUCCUCGUAAGAAAGACAUUAAAAAACAUUUAAAAAAAAUCUCUGAGCCUGACUCUGGCAAAAAAUAAAAAAGUUCAGCAUUUGAUUAAUUUGAUUGGUUGUAUUUGGUGAAUUUCCCCUAGAGGGUUACAUUGCGGUCAUCAUGGUCAGAAUUUCAAAUAAAGCAAUCUAAAGUUAAACAGGUUGUUAUAUUACAUGAUAUGAUAAUGUGGCUUUGGUGCCUGGAUAUAUAGGAUCCAGCAUUUUACUUGUCCUGGUCUGAAAAACAUGCAGAGGAUGUAACUGUCUGUGACCUACUUAUACAGCUGCUACCUCUUUUAGGUGAGCAGCACCUUGAUUGCUGCAUGUUGGAAAGGUCUUGCUAGUACUGGAUCUCAAUCCUCAUUUUGGUUUCCUGAUGCAAAUUAAAGUUUCGUUGUCAUCGAGUGAAACCUGAGAAAGGCCAAAGCAAGACUCUGUUUGGAGCCCUUUGGAUACAAUGGCUUUACAGUGACGUAGUCUGAGGAAGCACAGCAUUGAUCAAAGCUGCCUUUGUACUGCUUUCCAAACUAACCUGUGAAUAUUCCUGUUGAAAAUAUCCCUUUUUCAGAGCCCAAGGUUUGUGUUCCAAGGAUGAAUGCAUACUCAGACUUCUGAGACUUUUUCAUUCACUGGUAGAGGCUUCUUUGAUGUACCAGGUAGCUCUGUUUGAGUUUGUAAGAAUAGUGCAGCUCAAAUCAAACAGAACAAAAUCUUCUUGCAUUGAUUAUAUAGUUAACUGCUUUAAAAUACUCAUGAUGCUUUAUUAGUAUUCAAUACUGUGUAAAGGUCUAAACUACAACAUAAAACAGAUACAAGGGUAUUCUUGUUGGCUGAAGGAUACAUUUUAAUUUAUGCGUUUUAUAAACUAAGAGAAUAAUGUGCAGAAGUGAUGGCACAAAGUCGGGAUGUUUAAAACUUCUUUCUGUUUUCUCAACAGACAGAGCCAGCUCAGAGCCUGUGGAGGACACCGACACCACCAGCCUUGUGGCAGAGAUUGUGAGUAUCUUUUCUUUACUCUCUCCUCUGAUUAUGUGACGAACCAUCUUAUUGUCUCAACUUGUCUUCCAUACAGUUUGCUUUGUGCCAAUUUCUCAUUGUUCCUCCUCAGAAAGUCUUUACAGUAAUCUGCUAAGAAAUGUACCAUACCUGAGUACACUGCUGUGAUUGCCAGAGGGCUCAUUCAAAGAACAGGUUGCAGCAAGCUUUUCCUCAUCUCUGCACACAAAAGACUCUUCCACUGCUACAGACUUGAUUUUGACAUCUUCUGAGUUUUAUGAACAAAGUAAAUGUUUUUAUUUUUGAGUCAAAUAUUGCAGCCAUGACUUUGAAAUGAAAAAGCAUUUCUGCUAAUGCUUUUGAAUUUCCGAAUUUGACAUUUCAAGAUGAAUUUUGUUACCUUUUUGCUGGUGAAUGUUUUGAAAAUUAAAUGUUAAAUGUGAUUUGCGUUUGCUUUUUAAUUUAGUUACAAAAUGAGCAGUCUUGAAGAAGAAAAUGAAAAUGCAUUUUCGAAUAUUGCUUUUUAUUUUUAUUUUUGAGUCAAAUAGUGCAGCCAUGACUUUGAAAUGAAAAAGUAUUUCUGCUAAUGCUUUUGAAUUUGAGAUAUGAGUCACAAUCGCUUCCAUAAAUGUUAAGUUUUCUCAUUUUGACUUUGCUUAUUAAAGCUUAUUAUGUCUAAUUUUAUCUUUUGUACCCCUCUUUUUUUUCAGUCAUUGGAGGCCAAUUAUCCAGUGCAGGUGACAGAACCACAUGGUAAAUAUGGACAAAAAUUACAAUACUUCUCAUUUCAAAGCAUAGAUAUACAUAGAAUUUCAAACAAAAUUCUGAUAUUUCUUCAACCCCAAUUAAAGCUGCUAUUUAAAGCUCCUGGAAGGAACUCAAGAUUCAACAUCAAAGUCGUGUUUUCUAACAUCCCUCUUUGCUUUAAUCUCAGCUGUGAAGAUUUUAAAAUAGUUUACUGUGAUGUAAAUGGCGUGGUCCUAAACCUGCUCCCAAAGGCAGCUUAAAACAUAGAGAACAGCUCAUGUUAACAGUCUGACUGUUGUUUAACAACCUGUAAAAACCUCUGAACAGCAGCUUUAAAUGGAUAUUGUACUACUUUUGAAGUGAGGUUCCAUGAGUUACAUGUCAUGAGUAAGUGAUCAAGUAACCAUGGUUGAUGACUUGAAGGUUGUCCUAUGACCUUAAUGUCGUCCUAUGAACUGAAGGUCACCCUAUGGGUCAGUAAAGUACAUAAAGAAAAGUCUGUAAUUAAAGCUUUAACUCUCCAACAGAGCUGGUUGUCUCUGCUUAGUUUAAAGUAUCUUCAAAAUGUUUUGACAGCAUCCCUGCAGAUGAUAAAAGUAACAGUGAAAGUUAGAGUACUGCUGUAUACUCCUGUCUUAUUUUUAUCUUUAUUAUAAUAUCUUGGGUGUUGUUGCCAGCUCAGCUUAAACCUGAUUCUGACUCUGUUUUGACUCUUGUAUCUCCAGCUAAUGCUGUGACUCUUCACUUAAGCUCAAUGUGCUCUGGAUACGUGAGCCCAUCUUCAGGCGGAAUCAGACAGGUCAGUAUUUGAUUAAAACUUCUGUUUGAAGGUAUUUUGUUUAAAACCACUCUUCAGAUUCAGUUUCUCACCUGUCCACAGACUUUCAAGCUCACCCAAUCAUCCCCUUUUGAUGCUUCCUCUCCCUGACACAUGUAGUCUAGUGACUUUUAACCCGUAACCACAGAUUGUUCCAUCUGCUGGGUGCCGGCUCAAUGAACUUUUACUUCCAUAUGACAGACAGGAGCAGACUCUCUUUGUGGUAAUAUUGAAACAGAGAGCUUUAGUGAGAAGUUAACGCUGAUUCAGUCUAUCACAAAAGAAACAAAGACACUGCAUGGUAUUGUUUUUGUCUAGCAGUGUUCAUUGGACAUCUAAUUUGGUCUUUAGAUGAAAAUGCAUUUUUAGUCACAAUUUGGUGGUUUCAAAGAUUUUCGUCUAGUUUUACUUGAUGAAAACUCAUGGGGGGGGGGGGGCAUCUUUUGUUACACUGCUGUAUAACCCACCUUUAGGCUGUAUUGGCUGGGUGAGAUUGUGUUGGUUCGUUCCUCUUUACUGGGGCAACAUAAACAGUGAUUCAUAAAAUAACUCUAUUGAUAGUAAGUACUAAAAAAAAUAUCUACUCAUGCCAUCCAGUUGAUUUUUCUUAAUCAGUGUUUCGGUGUCGAACUAUUUCCUUUCUGUGGUGUAGUGAUACUUGCACACGCGCAAUCGAAUAUGCAAAGGGGUGUAGCGUUUUUUUGUCACGUGGACCAAUAGGAGCCGAGUCUCGUUGCCAUAGUAUCAGAAAUACACAAACAUGGCGACGAGCGCAUCUAGCAGCGAGAAAAGCGAAGAGGAAGAAAAGAAAAGGAAAAAAAGAAAACAGCCUUUGAAAGUGCAUAAAAAAGGAACGAAACGAUUCUAUAUGCAUCUAUCAUCUGUCCAGAGUGAAGACGUUCUCAACUCUACAAGGACACGUUGGGAAACUUACAGAACUAGUAUUAGAAAGUGGCUUUCUCUACAGGGUGAGACAAAGGACCUUGCAGAAACUUACAAACAUUGCGUUGAUAUCGACUUUGACAAUGUUCCUGAUGAUGCUGGGUUUCACAUGACAUGCUACCAGCGAUUUAUUUGCAAAAGGCGUUUGAGAAACAAGAACCUGAUGCAGCCGCGGGUCAGUCAAACCCUUCAGCCAGCAUCGCCGAUGCAUCCACGUCCAUGGCAUCUGAAACUCUGCGAAAGAAACUUUGCUCAAGGUCAUAGGCUGUAUUGGGACAAAGGAAAAAGUGCCUAGAAAGUGAAUUUCAUUCAACUAAGCUGGUGCUACUUGUUCAAUGCAUUUUCGCAUAGACAAUACCAUUCUGGACUUUGGGUUAAAAUAUCUGCUCAGACUAUCUGUCCGACUUUUGUCACCAGCCAGAAAUGUACAUAUACUGUAUGUGAGUAACCCAAAAAAACAAUUAUAUGGUGCUGCUGUUUUUGCUUGUAGAAACUGCUAUGUUGAUUCUGGCAAGACAAAAUCUUUCUCAAAUGUCAUAAAUACAUCUACCUAACAUCUGAAACAGUUAUUGGUGCCUUAGUAUACGCAUAAGUGAAUUCAGAUUAUGAAAUGUAGCAAAUUUCUUGAAGAAAACGUCUCAACUCAAGUGAUUUGCACCCAGCACAAUGAAAUAUAUACAGUAAAUUUAGCUAAAAGCUUAUGUUUCAUACAUAAAAAUGAUACAACCUACUGUGUAAUAAAAACAAUAAAAUAUAAACAGCACACCAUGGCCAUAAAUGGCUGAAAAUCAAUCAAAUUGCUACCACGCCCCCCAAAAUUGGAAUAAUGGAAAAAAUGUAACAAGACAAAAAUAAAUGCACAAAAGUUCUAAAUUAAUUCAAAAUAUGGUAUAAAACAUUUAUUCAAGUAUCACAGUGUCAAAAUAUCUGAUAUUUAUCAAUCCCCCCAGAAUAUGAAAAUAAAGAUCAAAACACAAGCGCAGACAAAUGUAGAACAAAUGUAAAAAUAAUAAAAAUCUCAAAUCUCGGUGAAUCCUUUAAUCAAUCCUUUACACAAAACAAAUUGUACAUGGUGACAUGGUGCGUAAUUUAUGCAUCACUAUCACUUUCAUCAGAGUCAUCAUCCCAUACAGCUCUUUCUUCUGUUUCCUUUGAAGCAUUCUCACAUGCUUGGCACCAACAUAAAUCUGUACAAGAUAGUCUUGCAGACAUACAAGAACAUCGUUCAGUCUCACAUUUGGUUGUCUUGCAACUACAGUGGACUAUCUGCAAAACACUAUCAGGGGCAGAAUUUGUGAACAAAGUGUGAAGGGGCACACAUUUUACCAGUCAGAGAAUGUUUCAUCGCUGCUGCUUGGUAGUUUGCUCUCAUGCAGUGUUGGUACAGGGCGUCACUUGUUGGGGGAAUGGGCAGUUCUGGCAAAGCUGACGAGGCCAUGCAGAAAGAUUUGUAUCUGGUAUCAUUUACAUUUUUUGCAGAUGACUGGCCAUACAGGUGGCACACAUAACUACUCAGCGUGUUAAAGGUGGAUUGGUUAAAAUUGUUGCCCAGAUUUGCAAACCCAGUCAGCUAUUCUUCUUUCUGACAAGCAACAGAAAAUGUUUUUCUUUUGCCCUUGCCAUGAAAGGCACUGGUCGAGUCACAACCUGUGAAUGUAUGGAUGCACAAUGGGUGGCACAUUGAGGAUGGGGAGUUGUCUCACUGCCAGAUGCGCUCGUCGCCAUGUUUGUGUAUUUCUGAUACUAUGGCAACGAGACUCGGCUCCUAUUGGUCCACGUGACAAAAAUCGCUUCACCCCUUUGCAUAUUCGAUUGCGCGUGUGCAUGUAUUACUACGCCACAGAAAGGAAAUAGUUCGACACCGAAAUACUGAUUCCUAAAAAUCGACCGGAUGGCAUGAGUAGAUAUUUUUUUUUAGUACUUACUAUCAAUAGAGAUAUUUUAUGAAUCACAAUCUAUGUUGCCCCACUAAAGUGGAACAAAAUUCACUUUCUAGGCACUUUUUCCUUUGUCCAAAUACAGCCUACUUGCAGGUCUUGUCUCCUCAGGUAGUGAGGGUCAAAGUCUGUCUCCAGAGCACUAUCUGCAGUGUGCCACCCUCCUGACUAUCCCAUUCCACAGGGACCUGAACCCUGUUAAUGAAGUUAACAGUUGUCCCCAACUGUUAGGGGAAUAGUUGAUUGAAGUAAAGAUGAAAACAUUGGAAAAAGUGUAAAAUCGCCUUAUUUUUUUUGCAUUAAAUUGAUCCAAAAUCAUGUAGAAAAUUCAUUCAUUUUGCCAAAUUUUCAAUCAAAAAAUGAAGGGUACAUAUAGUAAAAUGGCCAGAAUUUUUCUCGGUAUGUCACCGGCAGAGCAGACCCUCCCAUUAUUGGUUCUUGGGGUCAAAGUUAACAGAGAAAACACAAAUACAAACUACAGCAGACCAUGUCAGGUUCAACCCAUUUUUGAGACUUUGACUCCCAACUCUUAGCUUUAACUGGAUUUUAUCUCUGAAAAGAUUUUUAGGUUUGUCGUGCUUCAUUGACAAAAGGGUCAGAGCGUCUCGUCAUAGGUUUUGUCCUCAUGCAUUUUUUUAUUACCAGGAAAUAAGGUCAUUUAAAAAAAAACAUGAUUUUGCCAGUUACUUUAACUCUGUAGUCCAGCAGUGCAGCAAUAUUACCAGUCACUGCAGUUAGUAUCCAGAUUUGAUAGAAGUCUGACAUUAUCUGAUCGAUUUGUUCAAACAGGGACAAACAUAAUGUUCACUGGUUUCAUUUGUGCACUGCAUGUGUUAACACAAAUGGUGUAACUUUUCACACUGACCGAAUCCAGUACCUUAGUAAAGCUUUCAUGAUGACUCUCAGUGAUGUGUUGCAUUACCCAUGCUCUUUUCACUAAUCCACCUAACACUUUUAACACAACUGCAGCACUGGGAAGUCAAGGAGCUGUCAUCAUGGCGUCAGACUCAAACUUCUCCACCAUCAUUGAUAUCAAGUUAAACAUUCUAUCACAGCUACCACAGAGUCCUUCUACUUUCAAAUCCUCUCGUCCUCUUACUGACAGGAAAAAGUCAAUGUUGAGGGUUACAAGCAUGAAAAAGUGAGUUAUACCAUACCAUGAGUAUGCCAUACUAGUCAGAACCAUUUGGUAGCAGUGGGACAACAGUAAAUUCUAGUUUUUCAGCAUCACAAAUUCAUUGUAAACUAAACCAGAAGUAUCAGCCGAGACUGUGUUCUGACUGUCUGUGGGGAGUAUAAGUGAGGUGUUGCUUAAAUGUAGCACAAAAUACUUUAAAAAAUUUAACCUGAUCAAGUUGUAGGAGUCAUGAUAUUUACAUGUCUAAUACAUAGUGAUGGGAGGAUUUAGUAACACCAGGGUAUAUACUCUGCUGCUCCUCCCUCACAACAAUAGAGUUACAGCGACCUUUGAAGAUAAGAAGCUCCUGCGAUGUAUGACAAGUCUGUUUCCUCCGUUUGUCAACAGGAACUCUUACGCACACAACACCCACUCUUUUCCUCUUCUUUGUGCACUUUUGCACAGCUGCCCGCUGAAUACAAAAACAUUUCAGUUUUGUUGAUUCAGUUCAACUGUAGAAAAAUAUGGUAGUGUAGAUUAUGUGAAUUACAUGAAUGAGAGAAAGGCCAGUGGCUCCAUUAUAAAUAUAACAGUGAUAAACAUUGAUAGAGACUGGUGCUAAUGAAUUAACAUUAGCUUUAUAACAGGGAUAAACAUGGAUAGAGGCCAAUGCUAAUGAAUUAACAUUAGCUUUAUAACAGUGAUAAACAUGAAAACACCAAUGCUGAUGAACUGAUAUAAGCUUUAUAACAGUGAUAAACAUGGAGAGACCAAUACUGAUAAAUUAAUAUAAGCUUUAUAACAGUGAUAAACAUGGAGAGAGUGAUGCUAAUAAUAUUACAUUUGCUUUAUAACAUAGAUAAACAUAGAGCGGGACUGAUGCUUAUUAAUUAAUAUAAGCUUUAUAACAUAGAUAAACAUGGAGGGACUGAUGCUAAGAGCUUCAGAAAAGACUGUGGUUGGUGUCUUUUAUUGGACAUGAUGAUUCAAAGUUUAAUGCUGUUUAAUAUACACCAUACCCCAUUCAUAUCAUCCUAUGUGAAUAAGGGUUAAGUGUUAUUCAUUUGUAAUCUAUAAUGAUACCAUAACCGAGACUCCUUGAUGGCUUAAGUCCUUAUUGAUAGUGCUUAUAAAUUUUUUCUGUCUGUCUGCAGCAGAUUUACAUUCUUUAAACACUUUGUAAUUGAAGUUUGAUUUCAUUCACACUGACUGCGAUCAGUACGAGUGGUGACAGUGGACGCUUUUCCACAUUAAAGGAGGAAAUAUUUGUAGUAUAUCUUCGUUAACACCAAGUGUUUCGUUUCUACUUAUUUGAAGCGUGGAUCAAAGUUGUGGAGACAUCCACACAAACAUUGAAUACAAACAACAAGGUGUACAGGCUGUGUUAAUUACAUUGAAUAUCAAUUGACCGAAUGAUACACGGAUUCACUGCCCCCUAUCGGCCAGAAGGGGCCAGAACGAGUGGGGUCCAUGAAGUCACUUUCUGGCGCCACUUGAGAUUGCAAACUCAGAUUGAAUUAUGAGACAUUUUUUGUGGGGCGAGCACGAAAAAACAAUUCUGAGUUUGCUUUUGCUUUUUAAUUUAGUCACAACAUGAGCAGUCUUGAAGAAGAAAAUGAAAAUGAAUUUUGGAAUAUUGCUUUUUAUUUUUAUUUUUGAGUCAAAUAGUGCAGCCAUGACUUUGAAAUGAAAAAGCAUUUCUGCUAAUGCUUUUGAAUUUUUGAAUUUCGAUGUUUCAAAUUGAAUUUUGUUACCUUUUUGCUGGUGAAUGUUUUGAAAAUUAAAUGUUAAAUGCGAUUUGCUUUUGCUUUUUAAUUUAGUCACAGAAUGAGCAGUCUUGAAGAAGAAAAUGAAAAUGAAUUUUGGAAUAUUGCUUUUUAUUUUUAUUUUUGAGUCAAAUAGUGCAGCCAUGACUUUGAAAUGAAAAAGCAUUUCUGCUAAUGCUUUUGAAUUUUUGAAUUUGAUGUUUCAAAUUGAAUUUUGUUACCUUUUUGCUGGUGAAUGUUUUGAAAAUUAAAUGUUAAAUGCGAUUUGCUUUUGCUUUUUAUUUAGUCACAGAAUGAGCAGUCUUGAAGAAGAAAAUGAAAUUGCAUUUUGUAAUAUUGCUUUUUAUUUUUGAGUCAAAUAUUGCAGCCAUGACUUUGAAAUGAAAAAGCAUUUCUGCUAAUGCUUUUGAAUUUGAGAUAUGAGUCACAAUCACUUCCAUAGCAAAGACGGUGCAUGUCAGCUUCUAUCAAUCAGCUUUGAGACAUUUUUGUAGCAGUCAACCUACAUAAAAAGCUAGCUUUGGGAGCCAGAAGAAAAUUUGCCUUCUCCAGCCUUUCUUUACUUUCACAGAUGAAAUGAAUUCACCACUCUGGGUGUAGCUUUUUCAUCUCUGUCUGGCUUAGAUGUGCAGUCAUGUUCAGCACUGCCCCUGUUGAGACAUGUUUCGUUUGUAUGCAUGCAGAUUUGGAGGCUCAUAACCUACAUAAGUGAAGAAAUAUGCCUGCAACACUCAAACUACUAAUAUAAACAUUCAAGACGUGCACUACUGAUAAGAAGUGAAUUGAAGAAUAAAGAGAAAGAUUGCUGACAAACCUGAGCAGCAAUGAGAGAUUUCAAAGUCUUGGUGGAGAACAGGAAUGAGAACAGGCUCGAAACUGCCGCAGACAGGGUCAAUGUUGCCAUGUAAUUCAGCAAAUUUUAAGAAACUCUGACCCAAACACUAAUGCCGCUGCUAGGACAUUUUUCCAAGCGUGACCUUGCCAUCAGAGAGCCCAUUUGUUUUUUCGCCAUCAUCAGACAGGACACGUGACUGUACUUCUGCCUACAUGCUUCAGUAUGUUCUCUAGCUCACCCUGCUAACAGUCAAAUGUUUCAUUCAUUGUGAAUGUCUUAUGUGAAAAUGUUAAAAUCAGGGCAGCCUGACUGACACCUACCCCCUUCACACCAGUUUCAGGCAUUGAAAAACAUGAUAUAGCAAUUAUCAAUCAUGUAGCUAAGUCACAAGCUGCCCUCAUACUCUACUGCAUAUUUGUCAGUAUUAUCAGUUAAAUACAAAAUAAAGUCCUCAUCACAGUGGCCAUUGGUUCAACUGCUAUCUACAGCCCUUUGCUGCACAUCUUCCUCCACUGUCUUUAGCUGUCCCUUCUAAUAAAGGCAACAUUACCCAUGAAAACAUAUCAGUAUUAUUUAUCACUCUCUCAUUAUCAACCUGUGUUGUUGAAAUACUGAUUCCUAUCAACCACUUAUACCUUUUAUUUAUGUUUCUCUGUGUUAAAGCCAGUUGAAGAUGAUGAUUGCACCUGUCCAACUUCAGUUUCACCAGGUAUGACAGGAUAUUAAUGGCCUAUGAUAUAACAUAUUCAUAGCUGGAUCAGUUUGUGUGAUGAUUGUGUUGAUUUUCAAUAGAUUUGUUGAAAAUGUGUUUAAUUUGUACAGAUUUCUCAUUUGUUUAGUCAUUUUCACACACAGUGCCAGACACUGCUAAAACCCACUGUCUCUGAGUGAGUCAUGACUAGUCAAUGGUUUCAAAGUGAAUACAGUCUAUCCUGUCAGACCACAAGGCAUGCACACACACAUACUCAACUGUAUCUUACUCUGUCACAACUGGUGAGGGGAUAAUUCUUAGGCCAUAGAAGAAAAUGAUUGAAAAAGUGAAAUGAGAUGUUGCAUUGAAUGUUGAUAAUCUACAAUGUGCAGUGCUUGUAUUUUAUUGGGCUUACUCCAUUUUCUCUGUCUUCCUCUGAGCUUAGACUACCCCAAAGAGCUGCAGAUCCUGGAAAGCCCAUGUGAAAAGUGCUGCUGCCCAGUGCCUCCUCCAAAGAUCAGUGACCUCAUGAAUGACAAAGACCUCCUGGACUUACUACGGCUCAAACUGGAUCCAAACCACUGCACCAUCAAAAACUGGAAGAACUUUGCAAGUCGCUGGGGGAUGAGCUACGAUGAACUGACCCUGCUGGAGCACCGGACGCAGGGCUCCUUGUCCCACAGCCCCACCCAGGAGUUCCUGCUGCGCUAUGACCAGAAGAUGGUCACUGAGCUCACUGAACUUUGCCGUAUCUAUCAGCGCAUGGACGUGCUGCGGCUGCUGCAGAGCUGGAUAGAGAAGGUUUGGCCUUCACGCUGGCAACAGACUCACUAA